AUGGCUCCCUCGGCCAUCGACGAGCCCGCCAUCAAGGCGCCUGAACAAAAGACAUACCCUUCCGCCAAAAUCUUCCCCGUGAAGGAGACGCGCUUCGAGAAUUUUAUCGAACCUUCAACAGAUGGACGGGAUCGCGCAUUGAAGCAGUCCGACGGCGCGGCCAUCGUCAUCGAUAAUGGAUCCUCCGCCGUGCGCGCCGGUUGGUCAUUUGACUCGAAGCCAAGAUUCAGCAUCCCUCCGAUUAUGGCCAAGUAUCGCGACCGAAAACUGGGCAAGACCUUUUCUUUCGCCGGGUCCGACUGCUAUGCCGACACGACCGCACGAGGCCAUAUUCGAAGCGCAUUUGAGGUUGGUACAGGAAUCGUUAGCAACUGGGAUGUGAUGGAGCACGUCCUCGAUUAUGUCUUUCUCAAGCUGGGCAUGAAUGAUGCGGAUGGUGCCAUUGAAGUUCCCAUUGUCAUGACAGAGGCUGUUGCCAAUCUUCCGUACUCUAGGAAAUCUAUGACCGAGAUUAUCUUCGAGUGCUACGGUGCGCCUUCGCUGGCCUACGGAAUCGACUCCCUCUUUUCAUACAGGCACAACAAGGGCAAGACCGGUCUUGUGGUCUCGUCAUCUUACACAUCGACCCACGUUAUUCCUGUUUACAACUCCAAAGCUCUCCUUGGCCAGGCUACACGCUUGAACUGGGGAGGUUACCACAACGCCGAGUACCUUCUCAAGCUCAUAAGACUCAAAUACCCAGCCUUCGCUGGCAAGCUUAACGUGUCACAAGCAGAACACAUGCUUCGAGAUCAUGGCUAUGUAUCCAAAGAUUACGAUGACGAACUCGCUAGCUAUCUCGACUGGACAGGCCUAGAGGAUCGUGAUAUUGUCAUGCAAUAUCCCUUUACAGAAGAAGUGAUUAUACAGAAGAGCGAAGAAGAGCUAGCUCGGAUAGCGGAGCGCAAGAAGGAGAGUGGUAGAAGACUACAACAACAGGCGGCAAAGAUGCGCCUGGAGAAGCUGAUGAAGAAAGAACAGGAUCUGGAAUACUACAAGAGUGUUCAAAGAAACAUCACAGAUGCAACCAAAAAGGAGAUCCGACGCCAGCUUGACAGUAACGACCUGAAGGACGAGAAUCAGUUGGAAAAGAUCAUCAAGGAUUUAGACAAGGCUAUCAAGAAGGCCCGGACAAAGGAUGUUGGUGGCGACCCAGAAGAAGAGCAAGAACAACCCAAUUUUGAUCUCCUCGAUAUCCCUGAUGAUCAACUCGAUGAAGCCCAGAUCAAGCAGAAACGCCAGCAGCGUCUACUCAAGUCAAACCACGAGGCUCGUGCCCGCGCAAAGGCCGAAAAGGAGGCUGAGAAGGCUCGUGUCAUUGAAGAAGAGCGUGCCGACACUGAACGACGAGAGAAUGACCUCGAGAACUGGCUCGAUGAGAAGCGCCAACGUCGCGCCGAGACCCUGCAGAAGAUGAAAGAGCGCGAGAGAUUAAAGCAGGACCUUGGUAACCGCAAAUCACUCGCUUCGCAAAUCCGCAUGAAGAGUAUUGCCAACCUAGCCUCGGAUGCGCCUACCAAGAAGAGACGGCGUGGCGGCGACGACGACAAUUUCGGUGCCGACGAUGAUGACUGGGGUGUCUAUCGCCAAAUUGCCGUGGGAGAUAACAGCGACGACGAGCACGAGGAGGAAGAUCUUAACUCGACACUCAAAUCGCUAGAGCAAGACCUUUUGCGAUACGACCCCGACUUCGAGUACGAGAACACCCAUGACGCUCAGUCCGACUGGUCCAAAUCUCUCCUGCAUGCCUUUAUGCGAGGACCUCGACCCUUCGACCCCUCAUCACAAGCCGAGCUCAGUCAGAUCCAUCUCAACGUCGAGCGCAUCCGUGUCCCUGAGGUUGUCUUCAGGCCCUCAAUUGCUGGCGUUGACCAGUCAGGCAUUAUCGACAUUGCCGGCGACAUCCUCAACCAGCGUCUUGGCAGCGUUCCCAACCGUGAUGAUUUCCUCCGUGAUAUCUUCUUGACAGGCGGUAACACCCUGUUCCAGAAUUUUGAUGAUCGCGUCCGUGACGGUUUACGCGCUCUACUCCCCGCCGAUUCACCCCUGUCUGUGCGUCGCGCCGAAGAUGCUUUGCUAGAUGCUUGGAAGGGUGCUGCUGGAUGGGCAGGAUCGUCUGCUUGGAAGACAGCAAAGAUCUCCAAAGCAGAAUACCAAGAAAAGGGACCGGAAUAUAUCAAGGAACACGACAUGGGCAACUCAUAUGCGUAA